AAAACCACACAAACUCUCUCAAAUAAAAAUUACAUCUUUUUUGCGCUUCUCUCUACCUAGUCUUUCACAGCUGAGCUGAGAGAUGCCUCAGGCUGGGUCUUCAGGCGUCUUCUCUAUCUUCUCUGGCAUAUAAUGAACGCAGACCCGAACCUCUUCUUCUCGGAAGAAGAUGGCUCCUCCUCCUCUUCCUUCUUUUCCUCUUCAUCUUCAUCAUCAUCAUCAUCAUCAUCAUCGUCAAGAAGAAGAAUCCAGCGCACAGAAAAACCCUGCUUUCCUAUUGGACACUCUGUAUUGCUCGGAGGAGCACUGGGAGGAAGAAGAAGCUAGAGAGGACUAUUUGCAAGAAGAUGACUACUACCACCGGAAUACCCAUAAACCAGACCCUUUUCCGGUCUUGCUAGAACAAGACCUGUUCUGGGAUGAUGAGGAGCUAAUCUCCCUCUUCUCGAAAGAACAGCAAAACGAACUCUAUGGAAUCAUCAAGACGGAUCCGUAUUUAGCUGGGGCUCGCCGGGAGGCGGUGGAGUGGAUGCUGAAGGUUAAUGCCCAUUACUCUUUCUCUGCUCUCACUGCGGUUCUCGCUGUUAACUACCUCGAUAGGUUCCUUUCCGGCUUCCGGGGUGAGCUAGGGAAGCCAUGGAUGACCCAGCUAGCUGCUGUGGCUUGUCUCUCUCUCGCUGCCAAGGUCGAAGAGACCCAAGUGCCGCUUCUGCUUGAUUUUCAGGUGGAGGAGAGUAGGUAUUUAUUUGAGGCAAAAACGAUUAAGAGAAUGGAGAUUCUGGUUCUCUCAACGCUACAGUGGAAGAUGAAUCCUGUUACCCCGCUUUCGUUUCUUGAUUACAUCACAAGGAGACUUGGGUUGAAGGACCAUCUCUGUUGGGAAUUCUUAAGGAGGUGUGAGCGCAUCCUUCUCUCUGUUUUUACGGAUUCUAGGUUCAUGUCUUAUCUCCCUUCUAUUGUGGCUGCUGCUACAAUGCUGCAUGUUGUUAAUACCGUAGAACCCUGUCUUCUUGCCGAAUACCAAAGCCAGUUAUUGGGUAUUCUCGGAAUCGAAAAGCAGGACAAGAUAGAUGGCUGCUGCAAGCUGAUAUUGGAAUUGGCGUCAGGAGGGCACGGCAAUCAAUCCAACAAGCGCAAGUUUGGAUCUAUUCCCGGCAGCCCAAAGGGUGUUGUAGACGUGUCGUUCAGCUCCGAUAGCUCUAACGAUUCGUGGGCGUCAUCAUCAGUCUCUUCCUCACCGGAGCCUCUGUCGAAAAAGAGCAGAGCUGAGGAGCAGCUUCUGCAGACAAUCAACCAUCAAAGUGCAGAUUUUCUCAGCAUUCCUCGCUAGCUACCACCCCUAAAAUCUCUUUUUUUUUCUUCCUUUUUUAUUGCGGACUACGUAGUCUAGUAUGUUUAACAAUAAUAUAUAUGUUCCUUUCAUGUGCAAGUUAAAUUGCCUACCAUCUCUGCGCAUUGCUGGCCAUGUACUCCAAUCCGUAGGUAGGUCAUACAUUUUCCUUCAGCUCAAUCUGUUUAGAGGAUUGGUUGUGAGGUCUGGAAGCAGAGAUGGUUGGCAUUUUAUCCGGAGAAAGUAAAGGACUUUGAACAUAGCAAACCAA